UUCCUGGUACAAAAGAAAAAUAUUACCAACGACAGAAAGAAACUGGGAAACUAAAAAAUUAAUAAACCACAUUACAAAGUUCACUACAGGAGAGUGUAAAUAACAGAGGACAGAACUACUGAACUUGAAGACUGAUUAAUAAAAUGUGCUCAAUCACAACAUGAGGGAAAGCAGGCUGAAAAACCGCACAGUCCUCAUCGACCUGCACAGCAGUGUCAGAGGAGCAAGCAGGCACCACCUGAGACCUGGAGAGAAGCUGGACCGGGCCUGGACAGCGCUGGAUGGCAGGUCUUUAACUGUCUUGUGCUGAGCAAAUGAUGACAGGCACAGAUCGCAGAGCUGAUUUAGCCCCAGGCAGAAUGAACCCAGAUAAACAUCCACCAACACACACAUCGUAAUCAACGGGAACUGAAUCCCAAGGAUGUCUUAGAAUCACCCAGAGCUCCUUGAAUGCAGCAGAGAUGUGUGAGGGUGGCUUGGAGGCUGACACCUAAGAAACAGCGGUGGCACCCGGAGCCAGACUCCCAGGGUUGGCAAGGGAGGCUGGCGUGGGCGGAGUUAGAAAGGGGAGCCCGGCCAUCUCUGGGCCGCAGCACUGCUCCCGGCACGCAGGUCCAGGUGCUCUGACAUCCUGAGCAAGGAGCACAGCUGGCACCAGAAGAGCAGCCUGACCCCUGGGAGGGGCUCCUGACCUGGUCUCCCUGCCCCUGGUAGAGGGAGCCCAGCCAGCGAGAUAGAAAAGGGUAACCCCAGCACACCAGGAGGCCGAGGCAGGAAGAUCCCGAGCAACUUGGUUGAGAUCCUGGCUCAAAAAAAAAAGAACAAGCAGGGCUAGAAAAAAAGGGCUCGGGUAGGCUGCAGCUCAGUGUGGAAGGCCUCGGCUCACACCCCAGUGCUGCAAAAAUGGAAGGAAGAAAGAAAGGGAGAAAAGCAAAAAGUGGCCCAAGUAAGGAAGGGAGCACCUGGGCCCCCGCAGCCAGAAGCUCCGAGGACAGCCCUGUGCAGGCCGCCCCGGGGUCCAGCCCCAGGAACUAGGCAAAGGGCGGGUCUUGCGCGGAAUGCUAGGUCAUCUCCACGGGCCUGCAGGCUGUGGUGGUGAGAUAGGGCCGAUGGGAGGAAGCCGAGGGGCGCCGCGUGCUGACGGGGCAGAGCUGGGGACGGCGCAUGGGGCCGCGCGGCGGCUGCUCGCCCGCAGAAUGAAAACAGCACGUGAGCACGUGACCCUUGUGAGGAGCCAGGGACGCGCAGGACGACAGGACAGAGAGGUCCGGCCCUGAGUGAGCGAGUGGGCAGACAGUGACCUGAUCUUUCCUGGACUCUGGCCCCGAGGAUCCCAGCCUGGACUCCUGCCCUGGCAAACACAGGUGGCAUGUCCUGCAGUGGCCCAGGCCCUGACUUAGGGCCCCCCGGGUACCCCGGCCCCUUGCAGGGCCUGUGACGUCUACCUGGCGGGAGCCAUGGCCCCCGGGCUCCUGCUUCUGCUGCUGUGUCUGCAGGCCUGUGAUGCAGGUCCGCCUGCCCUGAGCGCGUACAGGAGAAUCCAUCGUCGUGGAGGGCAGACGCUCUCCAUGCAGUGCUCCUACAAGAGCCGCAGGAACCAGGUCGAAACCAAAGUUUGGUGCAAGGUCAGGAACAAGAAGUGUGAAGUCAACUUCCGCCGGCCCUGGGUGACACGACCACACUACAGGGUGCAAGAUGAUGCCCAGGGCAAGGUGAUCAGCCUCAUCAUGGCGGACCUCAGACCGCAGGACUCUGGCCGCUACUGGUGCAUGCGCGUCACCGCCGGGAGCCUCUUCCCCAUGGAGGGCUUCCUGCUGGAGGUGUCUCCAGGCCCAGUGACUCAGAGGCCCGCCCCUGUCACCCGCCUAACUGACCACAGCCUCAAGCGCAGGACUGUCAUCAGCACAGGACGAGCCCCCACUUCAGGCCCUGACACCCCAUUCCCCUCUGCUGUGACUGCAUUCACACCUGGGUCCCUCCCCUGGGCCAGUCUUCGGCCGUCAACUGCCUUGGGGACCUCCAGGCCAGCCUCUGUGACAGGCUCCAGCCUCCCCAGUGACAUCGUCCCCGUGGGACCCUGGCCAGUGACUAUGUCUCCCGCUGAUACCAGCAGGCACGGAGGCAGCCUGCCCACCUCAGGAACAUGCUGUGACCAAGUGCUGUCCACCAGGCUGCAGGAGCCCCACCUCACCGCACUGGUCGUGCUGCUGACCCUGCUCCCCGCGCCUGUCAUGCUGGCCGUGGUCUACAAGUUCUGGAAGAAGAAAUACCGGGGAAGCUACAGCCUGGGCAGCGGUUCUGCCCGAGCCUGGGCACCCUCGGUGAGAAAACGAGCCCCUGUGAGAGCCCGCUUCAUCUGAGACCACUUAACAAUGCUGGGAAGCUUCUCUGGGGACUCAGGGAGGCCUGAGCACCAGGACUGGUGGGAGAGGAGGGUACAGUCCCAAGGGCAGCCAAUGCCCCGAGGGCGCCAUCCUGAGUUGGACAGCGAAGUGACCGAGUGCUGAGGCCACAGAGGCUGGUGGCAGGGAGCCCAAGCGAUCCAAGCCUGUUCUGUCCUGACAUGUGUCCUCUGACAGGGCCCCUGGAUACCGCCUACCUGGCUCACUGGCAGGUAGCUUCAUGCUGGAAGCCUGCAGAGCCCCUGCUCCCUGCAACUGCCUCCCCCGCCCUGCCCCUGGGGUGGCUGAAACUUGGGGCUCUGAGCCCCAGUGUCCCCGUGUCCUGGUGCCAGGUCUGAGCUCCCCAGGGCAAUGACCAGGUCCCUUGUUUGGCCUGGACUCUGGUGGGGAGGCUAAGCUUGGCUCAGAGAAAGAUUGGGUUGCUGUGUACCCCAGCCCUUCGCUGUCCCCCGGGGGAGAAGACCCACUUGGGACACAGUGAGGACAAAUUGAGCUGACGCAGCCUGGAGGAGGAGCUGGGCCCUGGACUCUGCCACCUGCCUGCCCCCUCUGGCUCAGGCUCGACCUCUACGAUCCAGACUGCCAGCCGGAGUCCAGCUGUCAAGGCUGCAGGGUGUUGGCCAGAUUCCUCCCCGAGAGGGGCAGCCUUCAUCCUGCAAUGCCUGGGGUAGCCCCUGGGGACAGUUCAACAUCUCUGCUGCCAGCCCUCAGGAGGAUGACUCAGUAGAGGUCUCAUUGGACAGCUGACGUGGACCCUCUGGAUGAGUUAGGCAGCAAACUUGGGGGCCAGCAAGAAGGGCGACCCUCUUCCCCAGGUCCAGGAGAGAGUAGUCAAGGGAAGACUGCUGCACCCCCAAACCCCGGUUCCAGGACAGACAGACACACAGACACACGGAUGUUCAUUCCUGGCCAGCAAGUGCCGAGCUGAGAGCGGCUGCUGCAGUAUCACUAGGAGAGCCUGCCUCGUGGGGCACCAGCUCCACUGUGACUCUGCACAGCAACCUUGGUGGCCCGGAUGGCCCCGUCUCAUGGACAGCCAGAUGCCCGGUGGGAAGAGCAGUGGAGGAAUCAGGGACUGGGACUCGUGAUGCCAUGAGGAAGUCACUACCCUAGCUGGGCCUCAUCUUUCCUCUCUUGCGCAAGGGGCUCACAAUUCCUACCUCUCAGACUGUGUCCAGGAGGCAAUGAAAAGGCGCAAGCACGGUGACGUGUCAGGGCCCUGUCCUUACUGUCCCCUGACUGCCCUGCCACGUGGCACUUCUCCCCUUCAGCAUCUGAGACCCGAGGACCCUGUUCUGGGUCCUUCCUCCCCCUCCUCACUACAUGGACACUGGGGUCCCUUUGGUGAGGGACCCUUGGGAGGGGAUAGGGCGGAGGGGUGGCUGAUAGUGCUAAAAUAGAGGCCUGGGUUCAAAGCCUGGCACAGCCCC